AGAUCGAACUACAGUUAGUUGCUUGCUGGCUUUUGCGCGUCGCAUGUUUCACCUCGACAGAUUUCUUGAUUUAGCCGAGCUGAGUAGAGUGUAAUUACCAAACAAAGAAAUGCGCCUGGCUGAAAUUGAAUAAAUAAAAGCGCCCGCCGUGUGUGACAAUCACUUUGCCCACCCCCUUUGGCCAGAAAAGGAGCGACACCAGCAGAAGAAGAAGAGCCAGCAGCAAUAGUAAUAGUCGUAGUAGAGGAAGACGAAGAAGCAGGGCUGCAAAUAGAAAGAGCGAGCGAGAUAGGACGAAGCAAAAACAGGGCUGUUUGGCAACCAGGUGUUUACAUCCUGCUCUCCGUCAUCUGUGUGUGUGUGUGUGUGUCGUCAUCGAACAGCAGUAUAAAAUAUUGAAAAUUCGUGUUAUAAACAAUUGUGACAGUUUCUCUCGAUUAUUUAUUUUAUUUUGUUUUUUUUUUUUAUAAUUUUUUCGCUGUGCCCCACGUGCGUUCUUUUUGUAUUGCCGAAUCCCAACCACUUUAAUCCAACUUGAAGUGCGAACGCGGAAAGCGGCUAAAACACGCGAAUUCCCAAUUUCCAAACGAGGAAAAUUGCAAAAGCAGAAUAAUGGCCCCGGCGUUGAGCAAGUUGGCCAAUAACCAGAGCGCCAUCGUCGGCGUGGCGGGCAUGACGGCCGCCCUCUGGAUAAUUGCCUAUGGCAAGAUGUCCAACAAGAAGAGAAAACCAGGCUAUGAGGACAAGAUCCAGUACACAAUCGCCGAAAAGAAGGAGAAGAAGGCAUCAAAGGCACACGUCAAUUCAGUAUUCUUUAAACAGCUUCGCCAGCUUCUCCCCAUUCUCAUUCCUGGUUUCUGGAGUGUUGAGACUGGCCUGCUCUUCUUGGUGGCCGCUGCACUGAUUGGCCGCUCUGUGAGCGACAUCUGGAUGAUCCAGAAUGCGACUGUCGUGGAGAGCACCAUCAUUCACAUGAACCGCACCAAGUUCAAGACGGCGCUGCUUAAAUAUUUGACAGCUCUUCCAGCGAUCUCUGUAGUCACCAAUGUCCUCAAGUGGAGUUUGGGCGAGCUGAAGCUGAGGUUCCGUACUAACCUUACACAUCACCUUUACAGUCAGUACCUAAAUGGCUACACGUACUACAAAAUGUCCAACCUGGACAAUAGGAUAGCCAACGCCGACCAGUUGCUGACAACCGACAUCGACAAGUUCUGCGAGAGUGCUACUGAUCUGUAUUCCAACAUCAGUAAGCCGGUGCUUGACAUCUUCAUUUAUGUUUACCGCUUGACGGUGAACCUCGGUGGCAAGACGCCAUCGAUUUUGAUGCUUUACUUGCUGUUUGCCGGCGUUUUCUUGACCCGCCUGCGUCGUCCCACUGGCCGUUUGACUGUCGAGGAGCAGAAGCUGGAGGGCGAGUUCCGCUAUGUGAACAGUCGACUGAUCACUAACUCGGAGGAGGUGGCCUUCUACCAGGGCAAUGUCCGCGAGAAGCUUACGCUACUGGCCAGCUACUCCAAGCUGCGUUCGCACUUGCGAAAGUUCCUCGAGUUCCGCGUCAGCAUGGGCAUCAUCGAUAACAUCAUCGGCAAAUAUUUCGCCUCCAUUGUUGGUUUCUACGCUGUAUCCAUUCCCUUCUUCGCGGAAAAUCAUCCACUACUGUCCGGGGAACAGAGUGGCCAGCGUCUUCAGGCUUACUACACUUAUGGGCGAAUGUUGGUCAAGUUGGCGGAGGCCAUUGGCCGCCUGGUGCUCGCUGGACGUGAAAUGUCCCGCCUUGCUGGCUUCACCGCUCGCAUGACGGAGUUGAUCAAGGUAUUGGGUGACCUCAACAAGGGCACCUAUGAACGCACCAUGAUCAACGGCAAUAACAUCACGCAAAACGCCGGCGGUUCAGCGUCAAGCAACUUUGGGCCCAACAAGGGUGUCAUGUGCUUCGAGGACAACAUUAUUCGUUUCGAACAGGUACCGCUGGUGACGCCCAACGGCGACGUCCUGUUGCAGGAACUAACCUUUGAAGUGAAGUCUGGCACAAACGUCCUAGUAUGCGGACCCAACGGCUGUGGCAAGUCCUCUCUGUUCCGCAUCCUCGGUGAACUGUGGCCCACGUGGGGUGGCAAGGUCACAAAGCCAUCUCGUGGCAAACUUUUCUACAUACCUCAGAGGCCCUACAUGACACUGGGAACUUUACGUGACCAGAUCAUUUAUCCACACACACGCGAGGACAUGCGUCGCCUUGGCCAGAGCGAUGAAGAUCUCAUGCACUAUCUGGAUAUUGUGCAGUUGACCUAUCUGGAGCAGCGCGAGAACGGUCUGGACGCAAUUGAAGACUGGAUCGAUGUGUUGUCCGGCGGCGAAAAGCAGCGUAUCGCCAUGGCUCGACUAUUCUAUCACCGUCCACAAUUCGCUAUUCUGGAUGAAUGCACCAGCGCCGUCUCCGUGGAUGUAGAGGGCAAGAUGUAUAGCUACUGCCGCGAGGUGGGCAUUACGCUCUUCACUGUCUCGCACCGCAAGUCUUUGUGGGCGCACCACGACUACUAUCUGCAGUUCGAUGGACGGGGCAGCUAUGAGUUUGCGACUAUCGAUCAGGAUAAGGACCACUUUGGCUCCUAAAUUCCGCAACUCUCAUUCCCCCAUCCCCAAGCCUGAUGACCAGAGCCAAAAGCUGCGCAACAUUGCGGCCAGAAAAUCUUCCCGAUUCAUCUUCGGUGCUGGCCACUCCUGCUCCGUCUCAUCCCGUUCUGCCUCUUUCUCCUCCAUUUGGUGCAUUGUAUAUACCGUGAAAUGUAUAUAUUGCAAGUUGGAAAACCUUUCUUGUUUCGUUUGUGAUUGUUUCCUUUAUACGCUAUUCCACAUUUUAUUCCGUUUUAAUGUAAUAUCCCUUCGCUGGGAUUUUAGAUGUUUAACUCUCUUUGAGAAUCGAGCUGGUGUUAGAAAUGUAAGCGUAAAGUAAUUGGCGAUAGACCACAAAACGACGAAAGGCGUUUAGAAAACCUUUUAGUAAAUAACACACUUAUACCUGUAGAUCGCACAAGUCCCAAAUCGCGCAUAGACAACUUAUAGUAAUUUGUAAACUACACUUGGCUUAUUCAAUUGUUUUGUAUUUUUGGUUGAAUUGGAAUUGGAAUGGAACCUUGCACGGCAACAAUGAAUUGCAUUAUACAGUGCAAGACGCAAUAAAUGUAUAUAAAUAUAAA